UUUUUUUUUGGCGCGCGGUAAUGGAUGCGGGCUGCGCGCUACUCGCGUCGUGACGAAACGAAUCUGGCUGGAAACUGGAAUGCAAAUCCAAUCACGCUUCUUCCUUCCCCCUGCCCAAAUGCAUGCAAAUCCAUUGGCCUGCGAUUCAGUGCACACUCUCUUGCAUCGCCAGCGUCGUUGUCUCGCUGAUGCCUGCCUGCAUCCGUCUCCGCCGCCGUAGGAGCGAGGCCUGUGACGCGGUCUCCGUCCGUUCCAUCGUGGCAUGGCAUCAUCCCGUCCCCUUCGCGGGCCGGAGAGAGAGAGAGAGAGAGAGUGAGGUGUUGUCUGAGAAAAAGACCAUGAUUCGACAUGGCAGAUGCUGACUAGUCCCCUCGUCUCUCUCUGGGUAUCACCAUUCACCAGUCACUACCCUACCUCCCUACAGCGAAUAGCAAUACCGGGUCUGGGUGGAUGGUCACACUGUCCAUGUCUGCAGUGCAGACAGACAGAAGAUGCCUCCUCUCUAUCCUACCGGCUGCAGUCUCGCCAACUAAUUCCUCGGUGCAGCUUAGCUAACCAACCCCUCGAAUCUUUAAUCAUUACUAGUAUUUUUUUCUCUAUCGAAUCCAACAACGAAACGAAGCGAUAUAGUUUUACUGGUAGUCGAAAGAAGUAGAUCUGGACAUCUGGUGAGCUAGCGUGUGCAUGAUUGGGUGGCACUGGGGGUUCAGGUACGCAUGUGACGAGUCCGGGGCAAUAAUUCUCGGUCACAAGCGGACAGGAUGAUGCGCAUGGAGACCCAAAAUCCCCUGUUCGACUAACCCGACAGCUCAGGAAUAUCUGGAUCGCAGGAGAUGCCAUGCCAGUGCCACACAUCGCUUGCUCCCGGCCGGGGUGGUUUUGGUACUAGUUGCACUGAUGACUGGUUCGUCGCGGUCUAAACUUGACCCGGUUGCCCCCCUCCUUUUUUUUCUUGCUAUAAUUAACUGUUAAAGCUCGUGUGAGUUGUGACCACUGCUCCAGGAAAGGAUAGCCGCUGAGAUGCUGACACGCGGGUCCAGCUGAGAGGUGGGGGUACGUCCUACGUGUCAGUGCUGGAGUGGGGAGUGACGGGCAACAGCGACGUGACCGGACGCGACGCGAUUAGCGGGCGCAUCGCAUGUGCGAGGGAGGAACGAUGACGGUAAGGAGACAAGACAAGCGUAUCAACUGCAGCUUCCUGCAGGCUGCCGGGGUGGGUUGCUGCAGUAGGUGCCGCUGCUGGCCAAUGCCAACGAGCCAUUUGCCCGGUUGGCCGUGGUCACCUGGCGUGGCUCUUCCGGCCUGUGGAUUAUGUGGGCGGAACCGCGGAAGGAUAGGGAUGGAGCCUGGAGGAGGGGAGAGACGCGUCCGGUGACGUCCCCUGUCCACCGUUUUGAGUAGGAGCGCUGUCAACGUGGCGAGGAUUCAAGGAGGACAGACAGUCCAGGGCAGGUUGAUCACAAUAUCAACUGUUUGUUUUAGGUAGGAGCCCUGACAACUUGACAUCCGACACCGUGACAUUGAGGUGUGCUCCGGAGGCUUCUCUCGGAUAGUUUUAUUUUGGAACUUGAUUGCUGGUCGAGGUGAAAUAUAUAUACUCCAUGUCCUGAUUGCCGUGCUACCCAGAGGCCACACUGCCUGAAAAGAAAAGAAAAAAAAGAAAGAUGUAAAAGAAAAUAAAAGCAAAGGAAAAAUUAAAACCAAAUUUGGGCUGAAUUCACUGAUGGCCCGAAACUGUACCGUAGACCCCAACCCACACAUCGCAAGAGAGGCCCAGCCCAGAAGUUUUCAAAACUCCGACGUAUAAAAAAGACCCCAGACCCACAGUCCCCUCCUCUCUCUUUCCCCCCGUGUCAGUGUGUCACGCUUCGACCACGCGGCGGCGCCAUGGCGGCCCAGCCCAUCCGCAAACCGCACUUCGACCGCAUCGUCCGCGCGCUCGCCUCCGACCACCCGCCACCGCCCCGCGCCGAGCUGCACGCGUUUCUCGUCCGCUCGCACGCCGCGGCCACCGCGCCCGCCCUCGUCCGCUCGCUCCUCAACGGCGCCAUCAGCCGCCUCUCCAAGCGGCGCCCGCGCGCCGCGCUCGCCUUGCUCCUCAUCAUGCCGCGCCUGCCCGUGCGCCCCGACCACUUCACGCUCCCCUUCGCGCUCAACGCCGCCGCGUCGCUCCGCCUCCUCCCGCUCGGCGCCUCCCUGCACGCCGUCGCGCUCCGCCUCGCGCUCCUCCCGCUCCGCCUCCCCGUCGCCAACGCGCUCGUCGACCUGUACGCCAAGUGCGAGGAGUUCCCCGCCGCGCACGCCGCGCUGGCGGACAUCCCCGCCCCCGACGCGGUCUCCUUCAACUCCCUCCUCUGCGCGCACGCCCGCAACGCCUCCGUGCGUCCCGCCGAGUCCCUCUUCGCUGCCAUGCCCACCAGGACCCAGGUCUCCUGGAACGCCAUGGUGGUCCUCUACGUCAGCGCUGGUGACCUCGCGGCCGCUUGCCGUGUGUUUGACGAAAUGCCGACGAGGGACACGGCCUCGUCGAUGGUGCUCAUUGUCGGGUAUUGUAAGUGCGGGCUGGUGCAGAAUGCGCGUGAGCUGUUUGACAAAAUGCCUACAAAGGAUCUCGUGGCCCGGACGGCCAUGAUUAAUGGUUAUGCACAGACUGGGCGGCCAAAGGUGGCACUCGCUUUAUUUAGGGAUCUGGAGGCUGCUGGGAUUGAGCCUGAUGGAGCCACAAUGGUUGGGGUUAUCUCUGCAGUUUCACAGAUAGGCAGCACGGAGUUGGCUGGGUGGGUUGGAGCUUACGUCGACAGGAAGAAGAUCGAAAGGAAUGAGAAGGUUCUUACAGCACUAGUAGAUAUGCACGCAAAGUGUGGCAACAUUGAGCAGGCACUGAGUGCUUUCAGGGAGAUCCCACGACCUGAUGCCUAUCCAUACACAGCACUGAUUAGCGGCCUGGCAACACAUGGACACGAAAAUCUGGCACUUUCAGUGUUCGAAAGGAUGCGGGCUGAAGACAUCAAGCCUCACCCUAUCACUUUCGUUGGUGUGCUUACAGCAUGCAGCCACGCAGGGAAUGUUGAAAAGGGACUGGAGUAUUGGGAGGCAAUGGUGCAGGAUUAUGGUAUUGAGCGCCAUGCGGACCACUAUGCCUGUGUCAUUGACAUGCUCGGGCGUGCAGGGAGGAUUGAGGAGGCUUUCGAGAUGGUUCAAACGAUGCCGAUGGGGCCACAUCCGGGGGCUCUUGGUGCACUCCUGAGUGCCUGCAAGACAUAUGAUAACGUUGAGAUUGCAGAAGUUGUCGCAAACAAGCUAUUUGAGUUGGAACCUUGGAACACUGGGAACUAUAUACUCUUGUCAAACAUAUAUGCUGGGAAAGAACUCUGGGAGGAGGCAGAAAGGGUCAGAUCACUGAUGAGAACAAAACUGCCAUUUAAAAGUCCUGGAUCCACUUGGUUUGAGGAUCGACAGAGAGAGCAUGCUAAGAUGUCUAUCAUGGACUGAGGAUGAGCAGAAACACCACUUUCUGGAGAUGGUGGAAGCUAGGAAGGCUGAAAACAUAGCUAUUUGACAGUCAGCAAAGCAGAGGAGCUUCGUAUCAGUUUGCCACUAAGGUCCUAUGUAUAGGCACUGGUCAAGGUGAUUUCCUAUAGUAAGUGUACAAUGUCUCCCAAUGAACCUAGGUCAUUUCUCAUCCUAGCCUCACUCUCUCGAUGGCACGAGCUCUAAUUCAUCGAUCUUGGGACCAGUGACCUCCUUGACAUCAUUCAAUCCUCAAUGAUCUUGAAUGUUGGCACAACCUUUAUACCCAGUUUCUUUACUGAAAGCUGCAAGUAGCAUGCGCGGGAGCUUUUCAGCAUGUCAUAUUCCACGGGGCAGAGAGUCGUGAAUACACAAGAAACAGGGAAAUAUUCCCAACUGAGGGCUUGAUUAGAGGGGGAUUUAAGAGAUUGAAUUCUUUUCUAUUUAAUUUUGAAUAGCAAGAGAUUUAAUCCGCUCCAAUCUCCUUCAAUCUACUCCUAAUCGAACAAGGAUUAAGGGCUUGUUCGCUUUCCUCUCAAUCCAUGUGAAUUGGUUGGAAUUGAGUGGGUUUAAAUUUCAAACAAGUCAAAAUCUUUUGGACUUGUUCGUUUUGUACUUAAACCAUGUGGAUCUUUUGGACUUGUUCGUUUUGUACUUAAACCAUGUGGAUUGAGGGGUAUUGGGGUGUAUUAAGGCCUUGUUCGGUUAUUUCCAAUACAUAUGGAUUGGAUGAGAUUGAAAAAAAUUGAGAAGAAGUUUGACUUGUUUAGGAUUCAAACUCAUCUAAUCUCACUCAAUCCACAUGGAUUGAGAGCUAACCGAUCAAGGCGUAAGGUAAAUUUUGACUAGUUGUGGAUUUAUUUCCUCUCAAUCCACAUGGAUUUGGAAAAAAAUGAACAUCAUAAUAUUUUUCAAUCCUA